CUGUGUUGUGAACUGUUAUGGUGGUGACUGCACUGGUUAUCCACAGAAUGAAUUCUCACUGUGCUCAGGCACAACUGGUUCUUGGUGGCACAAAUCAACACGAUGGUCAUCUUACGGCGAGAUUCCCAAGUUAAAAAUGACAGUGAUUGACAAGAACUUGGUACAUCUCGUUUUGGAGGUAUGCCUUAGUAAAGGAGCGUUGCGACAGCUGAGUCUUGGAGUGACAACCCAGGGAGUCGAGUCCAAGAAUCGAGGUCUGUCGGCCAGCGAUCCUAAGAUUGUGACCAGGAGCAGGAACUCAACUCCUCGUAUCCAUUCAGCAGCCCACAGAAUGAACCAUAACAUAGCCGAGAGCGGGCGACGGAAACUAAAGUGGUUCAACAUCGAAGUCGAUACUUGUUGCUGCCCAAUGAAAGCGCUGGACAGAAUUGCAAUGAACAGGCAGUACACAGUCAGGUACAAACGGAGUGCUAGACACCAGCAGUUAGCUGGUGUUUUGAAAAACAUCAGGGCAACGGAUUACUUCACGAAGAAGAAAAACAAAACCAGGGAUGUUGACUACAACAAACAUGUGAUGAUAACAAUGCCGGACUUGCGAAGGAAGGCUGUUGCACAACGAGACAGACCGCCUGUACCAGAGUGGAAAUGUCUUGACCCAAACAGCAGAAACUAUGACCACUCCUACUUUCGGCGAUCCUUCAAGAUCCAACCAGCCAUCAACAAAACCAAGAGGUUGCCAUCGCGUCUGUUGAAGAAAGCAUCCCGAAAUAGACAUCUCCUAGGAGUACGAUUUUAAGCAAAGAAAGACUAGUUACGAAAAGACAACACAAGACAAGAUGAGGACAAAGGCGGAGAGGUUGAUAGAGACACGGCGUAUUAGGAGGCGCCAUAGGGCAUCGAAUGCAGCAAUGAGAACAAUGUUCAAGAGCGGACACGUGCGGAGUGGAGGUGUCGAGGUGGUGAGCGACGACGAACGAGAAGUAGGCCUACAACCCGCAUGGAGACGACUCACGCCCCAGGAGUACGGACAGGUCACAACAAUGGGACACGACGGCAAAAGACACAUACCGGAUAUAAAUAACCGUACUGCCAAGAAUGUCAACUUACUACGGGUCAACAUGUAAGAAGACACUGAUGAUGAGAUAGAGAUACCAGAUGAGACCAUGGAGCAUGAUCACGAGAGUUUCGUUGUUCAGACAACCAAACUGAUAGAUGUGCUCAAUGACGUUAACAGGGCCCAUAGCGAAUAUCACGUGAACUGUCAGUCGAUAUUCAAAUAUGGAGAGGUACGGAAGCAGGGUGUAUGUUGUUCAGUCACUAUGGUGUGUAAAAACUGUGGUUUUGAUUCGAAAUUGUAUAAACUUUUUGAGGACAUAGACACUGGCAAGCGCGAACGAAAAGCCGCUCUUCCAAAUGUUGCAUUACAGAUUGCGUUGCAGGACACAAUGAUUGGCAACGAGAGUAUGAGUUACAUACUGAGCAUAAUGGGAAUCCCGCCCCCCUGUAGGAGUAUCAUGCAAAAGCAGGCAAAUAAAGUUGGUGAAGAAACAGUUAAAAUGAAUGUGGCCGAUAUGGCAGACAUACGCGAGAACUUGAAAAGGAUACUGCGCCUAAGAAAUCAGGACGACACAGGAAUCAAUGUCCAAGCUGAUGGACGCUAUAAUAGUUUACACCUCACUUCGAGGAACAAGACUGGAGCACAAUGACUGGAUUAUGUGUUGAAAAUGUGACAGAUGAACGCAAAAUCAUUGACAUUGAGGUUAAAACAAAACUCUGCUGGAUAGGGGCUGCAAUGCGGGCGAAAGGUUUUGAAGUUAAAUGUGGUGCCACUGGCACAAACGUUGACGAACGACACUCGAAGUGCACGGCUAACUUUCCUGAGGCAGAUGCAUUCAGAGAAUAUGAUCUUGGGGUUGCAUUUGAGAAACAGGGCCUACAUGUAGAACAUUUGACUACAGAUGGUGAUUCCAGUUCAUUCAAAGGGUUAACUGAUGCAACAAAAAAGCUCUUCGGCGGCUUGUUCACGGUGAAGCAUCAACUUGACUCUAUACAUUUGCAUCAAGCCCAAACGCGUGCAGGACAUAGAGCUGAAUUCAGUAAAGGUAUGUUCCCGGGACGUACUGCAGAGGAGAGAACACUGUUAAAAACAACGUUUCUGAAUGAUCUUAGGGUAAGGUCAUCCAAGAUUUUGCAAUCUCUAUUCAAGCGCUGCAACGGUGAUCUCGACAGGAUCAUGGGAUACCUGUAUGACACUGUUGCCUGUGUUGUGAACUGUUAUGGUGGUGACUGCACUGGUUGUCCACAGAAUGAAUUCUCACUGUGCUCAGGCACAACUGGUUCUUGGUGGCACAAAUCAACACGAUGGUCAUCUUACGGCGAGAUUCCCAAGUUAAAAAUGACAGUGAUUGACAAGAACUUGGUACAUCUUGUUUUGGAGGUAUGCCUUAGUAAAGGAGCGUUGCGACAGCUGAGUCUUAGAGUGACAACCCAGGGAGUCGAGUCCAAGAAUCGAGGUCUGUUGGCCAGCGAUCCUAAGAUUGUGACCAGGAGCAGGAACUCAACCCCUCGUUUCCAUUCAGCAGCUCACAGAAUGAACCAUAACAUAGCCGAGAGCGGGCGACGGAAACUAAAGUGGUUCAACAUCGAAGUCGAUACUUGUUGCCGCCCAAUGAAAGUGCUGGACAGAAUUGCAAUGAACAGGCAGUACACAGUCAGGUACAAACGGAGUGCUAGACACCAGCAGUUAGCUGGUGUUUUGAAAAACAUCAGGGCAACAGAUUACUUCACGAAGAAGAAAAACAAAACCAGGGGUGGUGACUACAACAAACAUGUGAUGAUAACAAUGCCGGACUUGCGAAGGAAGGCUGUUGCACGACGAGACAGACCGCCUGUACCAGAGUGGAAAUGUCUCGACCCAAACAGCAGACACUAUGACCACUCCUACUUUUGGCGAUCCUUCCAAGAUCCAACCAGCCAUCAAGACAACCAAGAGGUUGCCAUCACGCCCCCUCCCAAUUCAAACAAGAGCAACGCACAGCGUGGCAUAUGUCCCUGACUGGAUUUGAGACGAGUUGGGAGAUCUUUAUACCAGAGGGUGCUGAUUGUCAAUUGUCGUUCGUAAACAAUUUGUAAAGUUCGAGUAAGGGAUUUUGGUUAUAUAUUGUAUGGGAAGUGAUGUACAUGUUGCAGUUUAUUUGGCAAAAUACAUGUAGCAUCAAGUUUUGUGAUGUUAUAACACGGUUCUGGUGGAAGGUAUUUUGGAAGAAGAAACAACAGGGAUAGAUAAUAGUCGUACUUCCACCUAUCAAAUCCCCGAGUCUUUUGCGCUUACACCUAUGAAUUGCCGUGUCUAAAUAGACCCGUGUGUCAAAUCCCUGUGUCUAUUAGCUCGAUGGGGCUAAUCGGGGGCUAAUUUAGACCCGUGUUCAACACAGGUUUUUUGAUAGGUGGAAUCUGAAUAGUCCCGGCAAUUGCAAGUUCUAAGACCCGGCGACAGAUAGCGCGGUGUAGUUGCCUCGGUAUUGCGCACGCGAAAUUCCCCUCCAACGGGAAAGAAACACAGGAGAGCUCCCUACCUACAGCGCACCUGUCGCCGGGGCUAUUAACCAUUAUCUAACACCACUGAUAGGUGUAAGUGCGCCCCGGGUUUUUUGACACACGGCGAAGACACGGGUCUUGAAAAAACACGGGGUUUUAUGAUAGGUGGAACUACGACUAAUAUGGACUGUUAGGCACUUUAACACGGAAUUUUUGACUUGAUUGAUCUCAGAUUUUUUAUUCUGCAUCAUAUAUUCAUUGUACACAAGCAUAUCUUAUUGCAUAUAAUGCAAUACCUGUGUGGUCUAUAGAGAAUGGGCAAGUUCACAUUUGGUGGUGUGUUAUGAUUGAGGAAUCUGUUAGUGCUUUUCAAUGCCUGGUGCAAUUAGUUGAUGCAAAAAUACAUAACAGACAUUAAAUUCAUGAUAAGAAGUUUUCAUUUUUGUGAUAUUAUUUUGUAUCAUUUACACUUUGGCCAGGAGUUGAAAGCGGUAACAGAUUCCUCAAUCAUAACACACCAUCAAAUGUGAACUCACCCAAUAAAGACUAGGAGGGACUAUAUACCUACAUAAUGUUUUGUAGGUAGAUGUUAAAAUAUAAAACAGGGGUGGAUCAAAUGCUAGAGGUGGUAAGACAGUGGAGAAGACAUAAUUUUUUGAAUGGAAUUUUAUUAUAAAUGCAAAAAUAGGCAAGUACAGUGUAUACAAUAAACUUAUGAAAAAUAUGUAGGUAUGUACUGAUUAUUCUUGUCCAGCAAGUGAUUAAUAAUCAUAUAUAUGUACAUUCAUUGAAAAUCACAGUUAAUUAUAUUUUUGUAUACUUGAGACAAACUUACUCUAGAAUUUUGGCUAUAAAACCAGACAAAGGAGAUUCACUAGACUUGGUGUAAAACUAUAAAAUUGAAUAUAAGGGUAGCCUAUUGUGCAUAAUUUCGAUUGGCGAUGUUUGCAGUAAAUGCAUGUGUGGUUUGAGUGUAGGCCUUGAGCUCGCUGGUCUUAUAGCCAAGAUUCUAGAGUAUAUUAAUAUAUAUGUAAAAUAUGUAGGUUUGUAAUGACUAUUGGUCUCUCACAGGAAUUACUCACAGGGAGUGCAGGAGAUAAUUGUUGCAGUUGUUUUGAAAAAGACAACUUCAAAAUUGCUGUUGUAUUCCAGUAAUGAAACGGCCAGGGGCCAUUGUGCUCACUGUAUAGAUAUUUGGUGCUUUGGAAUUCAUCCAGGUUAAGAAACAUUGUUCAUGUAUAGUACAUAGGUCAAACCAAAGUCGGUAUGACAUGUGAUGUAUCGUUGCUUGGAGUAAGAACCAUAAGAAUAUCAUCAAAAACAAGUCACUAAUA